AUGCCCAUCCUGCUCUCAAUGCAAAGUGCAAAUGUUGUUAAGUCAGUUUCAGUUAAGACAGUCUGGAUUUGUCUCCUUCCUCUUUUGUUGACCAUUGGCCAAACUGCCGCUAUGGAAAACGCGAGCAUCUGCUAUGUCUUGGAUGCCAUUCUGUUCAUCUACGGACUUGUCCUAACUGUCCUUUACUGCAGAAUGAAGCUACAGCAGGAUCGUCAGGUAAAACAGGCUUCUGGGAAGAAGGAAGCGGCAGAGGGAGUCUAUGAAGGUCUUUCACAUAGAACUCAAGAUACCUAUGAGUCCAUCAAUUUGAAGAAGUCCAAGGCGUAAGACAGCCAUAGCGAAGAAAAGAAUGUCUCAGAAUGCUUUAUUUCCCUCUCUCUUUUUUUUUUAGCAGUAUUUAUUUCCCUUACUUUCCCUAAACUUUCUUUGAAUGGAUAUGCAUUGUAAUGCUAGAAACAGACUUGGAAGUCAUUUUACUAACACACUUAAUAAUAACUGUAAAUAAUUCCUAUAUAUUUUUGGAAAGUAUAAAUGUAUAAGCAAACUAAGCUUUAUUCAACUUUAUGAUUAACUUAAUAUAAGAAAUAGCAGAGUCUUAUAAAAAAAUCUUAUAUAUGCUGAUCAAAUGUAAAUGUAUGUACUUAAAGUCUCACUUCUCUCUGUUUCAUAUUACAUGAUUACGCCUACUUUUCAGAAUGUGUGCUAAUUUUGGAAAAUUGCUAAGUUGCUAAUGCAUUUGGCUACUCAAGCUGUUUCUCUUCCGCAAAAGUUGUCGCACAUGUCUGGCUGCCAUAGCAAUGACUAUUCCUCCAACCACAGCCUUCGAUUAACUUCCUGUUUUUUUUUUUGUUUUGUUUUUUUUAUCAUGCUGGUUGUCUAACAGCAAUGAGGUCCAUUGCUGGUUGUAUAAACACAUAGUGAUUUCUGCAGUCGUGAGAUGGAGUUCAUGAUAAUGCAGUUUAGACAUGAGGCACCAGAGAGCAGCAUUUAAGCACAAUAUUCACUGUGGACGUGUCUCUGUCACUGAGUUUUGCACCACUAUCAAUUUAAUCAUUUAAAGUCUGCUAUUGUUACUAAGCCAUACUUACAUAUCUCCAGGUUCUGGGUUCUGUUAUUUAUAUUCAUUUUUUUUAUAUAUAUAAUUUUGUAUUUUAUGUAUAUUUCUCUGAAUUUCUUUUUUUUCUUUAGUCUUCUUUCAUUUCUUUAAAACGUCUGUAUAUGUAUCCUGGUUGCUUAUGUAAGUCUGUUUGUCAGAAACCAUUACACAAAAUCUUUUUAUAUAGAAUAAAGC